UGGAAUCUGGAAUGGGUUGACACGGCCCAGACGCAGGAUGCUGAUGCUUGACGGAAUGCCAGCCGUCCGAGUCAAAACCCAGCCCCUGGAGACAGAACCAGGGUCCCCAAAGGUGCGCCGCUACCCAGCGAUGGACACCGUUCCCCUCCUGCUCAGCAAGGUCAAACCCGAGCCCCCGGAGGACCUCCUCGCCCAUGACCACCGUUUCCAGACAGAGCCCGUCGACCUGUCGAUCAACAAGCCCCGCCCCUCGCCCCCCUCCGCCACUGCCAUCACCUCCUCCCCGUCCCCCCUCACCUCCGCCUUCUCCCCUUCCUCUCUGUCAUCGUCCUCCUCUUCGUCCUCCUCUUCCCCGUCCGUCAUCACCUCCGCCUCGUCCGUGCUCACACCGGGCCCGUUGGUCGCCCCGCCAGGCAACGGGGUCAGCAGAGGUCAGCAGUUUGUCCACAUCCUGCACCCUGUGCCCCCACCUCCGUCCAGCCCUUUGAGCCUGGGGGGCGGCGUUGUCCAUGGCCCGGGCAAGAUGGCCAGCCACGUGCACCGAAUCCCAGUGGUGGUGCAGUCUCUGCCCCUGAUGUACACCACCUCCGUCCGCACCAACGCCAGCCUCAACAGCUCCAUCAUGCUACCUCUUCUGGACCAGGCUAAGCACCACAGCAAAGCACACAAAGACCCUAACGGUCUGUCGCCAAGGCAGAUAAAGAGUGACAGUGAUGAUGACGACCUGCCAAACGUGACCUUGGACAGUGUUAACGAGACAGGCUCCACCGCACUGUCCAUAGCCCGCGCAGUCCAGGAUUCCAUGUCACCGUUCAGUAUUGAGAGCAUACGGCGCCCCAGGAGGUCGGAGUCUCCAGACUCGAAGAAGAGACGCAUCCACAGGUGUGACUUUGAGGGCUGCAAUAAGGUCUACACCAAGAGCUCCCAUCUAAAAGCACACAGGAGAACGCACACAGGUGAGAAGCCAUAUAAGUGCACCUGGGACGGCUGUACGUGGAAGUUUGCGCGGUCCGACGAGCUGACGCGGCACUACCGAAAGCACACCGGCGUCAAACCGUUCAAGUGCGCGGACUGCGACCGCUCCUUCUCCCGCUCAGACCACCUGGCCCUGCACCGGCGGAGACACAUGCUGGUGUGAGCCCUGCAGAGAGGCACCUCACACACACACACACACACACAGACACACACACACACACACAGACACACAACACACUCACUCACACAGACAGAGCAGAGGCACACUCAAACACACAGCUCGGAGAGCGGGGUCUCUCCCCUGAAUGUGGUUCAGCUGGCCUGGACACACACUCCCUGCGGCGCUGAGAGAGAAGAGGCAUGGAGGAGGGUGGAGGACAGGUCAUGUCCGCAGAGCAGAACAGGGUGGGAUCCUUGCCACCUGAGGAGCAAGCCGGAGGAUCGAUCUUUGCCGUCGUUCUGAGUUUUUAAUGGAAACCUGUCCUUUCCAGCACUGUUCUUAUUAAAUGUUUCAUCUAGAUUUAUAAGAAGGAGUUGUACUAUUCAUUUUUUUGGACUAAACCGCAAUUGCAUCUAUUUCCUCUUUGUUGUUAUUUUUGGUUGAUGUUUCAAAAAAAAGGCUGCUUUUUUCGGGUUCAUAAUGUGAAAGACGGAUUCGAUUUAGUUGCGUGGAUGUUUUUGGAGAGAUUGGGCUGGAUCUGGAUUGAGCUGCAGAAACAGACAUGUACCAACAGUCAGACCCAGUCAUGGACGGAAUUGUUGCACUGUCCCCUGUCUGACUCUCUCCCAGCUAUCUACUUCAACCAGCAGAGGGCGCAACCCAGUCACAGACAGACCCAGGAGUACUGGAAGCUGGGGUAGAGGUUGGGGUAUUCAAGCCGGAGGCUGGGAUAGAGGCCAAUGCUCCCCAACAGGCCAGUAAUACAGAGACUAUACCAGGGCUGAGAUUUCACCCAGCCAAAUGCCAGCAAACCAGCCAAUGAGAUUGAAGCAUACACCCUACAACAGGAAAAGAGAACCAUCAGCCUUGUCUUGUAAAACACAUACGGGCACAUUUCACCUCGUAGGCCCGGUUAGCACAGGUACUGUAUGUUUUGGAUAUUCGGUUGGUUUUACAUUCAGGACUGUGAGAGCAGGUUUCUGAGAUCCAUUAACAGGGUCUGACAGAGUAGCCAAUCUUAUCGUCACCAUCCAUCGUAAGUCUCUUGGAAAUGUUUUCUUAUAUAAAAAAAACUUUGUUGGUGCAUUUUGUGCUGUGAUUAGCAAUCAGUAAAGUGCAAUCUUAUUGGGUAAAUAUAGUUUUUUUUCAAUAUGAAACUUUUUUGUUCUUGCUGUUUAUGCCUGCUUCGAUACAUUUAUAAUUUCUGAACCCCCAAAAUGUACAUUUAAUCUUUGAUACAAUCAUUGGAACAUAUCCGAGAAAAGACUUUGGCACCUUACAGAGUUGUGGCUUGGCUCGUAGUGAGGAUUCCUCUCGAUAGCAGGAUGCAAAUCUACUAUACGGGGCGUGACAGCUUCGUCUGGUAUCCACUGUCCACUUGGAGGACAGGAACCACACACACUGAGGGGCCCAUAACUGUAGCCCAUUAGAGUUAUGGGCCCCCCCUUUGAGAGAGAACAUUUUGAACUUUGGGGGGCCUUGUGCUAAAAGUUCUAUUCACAGAGGUAUCUAAAUAAAAAAGCCCUCACAUGUACCCUUACAUGUUAGUCUACGACUCGUUUUAACUUGUACCUGGAAAUCUGGUCUGUUGAGUCUGACUUGUGGCAGGAACUGUGUGAAGGUCCCUAUCUUCCUGGUCAGGACAGUUUCAGGGUUCAGUGGCUGUCUGGGACAUGCUACCACAGACUGGUCCCUGGCUCCUCCCCUUUGGCUCAGUGGUCUAACACAGUCCGAUGGUUGGUCAGUUCCUCCAAUAGGAGAGCAAUACACACAGGACAGAGUGAUGAGAAUGGAGGCAGGUGGAAUAGACUUGUCUACAGUAGGUCGCCUCCACUUAUAAAGUGUGUAUAACAUGUCACAUUGACAAGAGUUCCUAACGUCUGAAGGAAUAGAAAGUAACCUUUUGAAGCUUUUCUACACAAUCACCAUACAGAGCACACUGAGAUUCUGCAGUAUUUGUCUUUCUUUGGCCGAUGGAGUAAGCUGUCUUCUGGGUCAAACCUACUCUUCAAACAAAACAGUGUCAUGUGAGCCUCCCUGAAAUGUCAGUAACUUUAUGGAAGGUUUUGCAAUAGAUUGCAUACAGUGCUGAGGUAAUUGCAGGAUUCUAUAAAGCUUGUGGUCUACAAGAUAGAUGAACAGCUGUACAGAGUACUGGGUGUUUAUUCCUUUAUUGUGGCUGUUGUUUGCCCACAGAGGAAUCCCAAAAUAACAAAUGACUCCGAUUUUAUUUACUGACAGUCAUAACAGAAACCACUUAUGCUUUGACAGACAGUUUGAUAUCAGUUUUAAAAUGAACAAUCAUCUGCAGUUUAUUUUGCUUGUGCGCUUUGGGUAGACAGUCAAUAUCUCCAUGGAGAUUCAAGUUCUGUGGGUGGAGAACACACUACGUUAACAGCUUUUAGAUGUCAGCACAAAGCAAUAUGAUCAAUGUUACCUAUCAAAGCAAAACUAACUGAUUGUAUUUCCAAUCAAAUGUGACACACUGUAGACUUGAGCGCAUUUCUUAUUGUCAUUGGAAAGCACAACUUUGUUUUGAAAGAUAGCCUCACACAACAAAGAUAUAGUUGUACGCCGAUACAAUAUCUACAAUACAGGGUUAGGAGAGCUGCAUCAAGGCCAGUACUUAUUGAUCACGAUACAUGAUCAGAAAGCCUAGAAAGACACAAACACAGGAAUCACUUGUUCCUCUUUUCCCUUUGACAGGUUACCUUAGCAACAACUCAUUUAGUCAACUUGUCAAACACACACAUAAUCCCAAUUUUGUCUCCUCAUCGGUAUUCUGAAGUAUUAUAAUAUAUGUCAUAUUAUGUUGUUCUGUAUGUUGCUUGUGUACAUGUGAUUAUGCCCAGUUGUAUUGCCUAUUUUGGCUCAAGCAUAUCAUCAGCACCUUGUUUGUUAUGAAGUAUGAUUUUCAAGCAAUUUUAUUUCAGAUGUUAAGUCCAUUUAUACACAAUAAUCUUUGAAAUAUUUUAUUAUACAUAUACUGUACUUUCAAACAUUUAUGAAUUGAGGGGCACUUCAUCCUUGCGUAUAACUAUUUUCUGUAAAAAAAAAUGAUCUUUUGAAAUGUUGUAAUAUAUGUGGCAGUGGAAAUAAAAGAUAAAUGAAUCUCAAUUCUA